CGGCGGCGUUGUCAUUCCAGAGCAGACAGCCGUGUUGCAAGGAAGCGUAAAGCAACGAUUCAGAAGAGUUUACCCUAUCGCUGGUGAAAGACCGCGCGCAUACAUCAUUCGUACGUUGACGUGUGUAGUUUCACCGUAGUUUCGACUAACGUUUCAAGGAGAAAAUAAACAAAACGAGAAAAAACAUUAACCGCACCGGAAAAUCAGCCGUUCAGUUGCGAAUAUACGAGGGAUCGAAAGUUCGAGGAAGUGAGCGAAAUUUGACCGAAAUUCGGACUAGUCGCAAAGUGUCGCAACGGACUUUUCGAUACUUUACACCUCAUCGCCUCACGUUUAUACCGGAAAGAAACUUUAGAGGAUAUCAAGAUGGCCUUUAUGAUGCCCGUUGUGAAAAACGAGUGGGAUAUCUACAAGACUAACCGAAGUAGACGAUCCUCCGAGUGCUCGAAUCCUCAGGCUUGUCGCAGUCGCAAGGUUUCGGAGUGCUCGAAAUCCGAAGGACCGUCGCUGUCGACGUCGCCGGGUUCCGAUUACCUCACGUCCCCGGCUCACCGGCCGAUUCCGCUGACCUCUCGCCAGUUCUCCCGAACUUCAUCCAGAGCCUCGCAAAGCUCGCUUCAAAGUCCGAGCAAGAGUACCGGCAGUUCACCGCCGAAGACCGGAAGCUCAAAUUCGUUGAACAAGUUCCACAACAGGCUCGUAGACAAGCUGAAACGCUCGCUGAAGAAAGCGGACGACAAUUCGUCAGACCAGCGGAACCUCUCGUGAGACAGUCAAGCGGUUUUGGGCCGGCCACCCGUUUCCGGUUCGAAACCAAUCGAGUUUCGCCGCCCCUCAGCUCCUUCCGGCUCCGGGACGAGUCUCAAAUUUUUGGCUCGCUCCUGCCCGGAUCCAGACCCGGACCCGCCGAUCGCCUGGUGAACGGGGAUCCCGAGGGAUCCCCUCGCGUCCCUUCCCCCUCGUCGGAGUCAUCCUCACGAUACGUCAAAUUUCAAAGAGAGAGACGAGCGUCGACUCUCGGCCGGCAUUCGUGACGCGUUGCGAUUUACGUCAAGAUCAAUCGAUCGAUCGAUCGGAAACUGCGAUACGCACACUGAAUAAGAGGAGAGCACGGUAAUGGCGCCAGGAAAAUUGCGGAUCUCGUCGAACCUUGAACAAUGUCAUCGGAUCGAAAGGAAAACCGCAGAGAAAAAAAUAAAACCAACCUCACACCGUCGGCUUACCGAUGAAAGCUUCGAUUCUGCUGCUGCCGCUACCGCACCGAUGCACAUCUCAACUGCAGGCUUGUAUAUUCGUAUAAAAUAUAAGUUAUUUGAGUAUCGAGGAAACCGAAAAGAGAUCGGGUCUUGACGGAAGGCUUAAUCAAAAAUGAAAAAAAAUAAAUAAAAAUAACACAAACAUACGCAUAACAACCGGUCGUCAGUCGUUUCGACGAGGUCGCGACUCCACAGAGUCUCUCACACUCGCACUUCUUUCUCCCUCUUUUUCCUUUUAUCUUCUUUUUUCUUUUACCCAACUUACUGCCGUUCUCUCUUCCAUCUGCUCUCAAUCCCUCUGAUCAACUCUGGGGCUUCACCGUUCGAUAUCUGACAAGAUUUUGCCUCGUUGUCUCUAAGUGUGUCUACUACGUAGAAGGCAAAGUAAAAAUAUCAUUUGAAGAACGGAAAAUUGAUCGAUGAUCGGUUCUCGAAAGUUUUCUGAAAAAUAACGAAAGAUGAGCAACGUUCAUAGCUUCUUUACGCUAGCCAAAGAAAAUUUCAGUCCUUAGGUGUGUACGAAUAUCGCUUGGUUCCUUUCACUUUGGAUUUUCGCAAACUAUUCGCACUAUUAUGAGACGGACAACAACCGUGCUUGACGCUGACGAUCGAAGCGAUCCGAACAAUCGGAUAAGUAUACCGAAUCUAUGAUACACCUAUGUAAUAUAAUACAAAAAUAUUUUGACGGGUGGGUGAUAAAGAUAUUGCACAUCUAUCUGUAUAUGUAAAAAAAUUUUAAAGCUUCGCAGAGUUGAUUUUUUAGUAUACAAUACAAUACGAUAUUAUAGGUAAGAGUGACUGUUGACGAGUGAAAGCCUAGCAAAAGACUUAUUUUAAUCGAUUAAGAAAAUUGAUAAAUUUACAUAAAACAUAAAAUUAUGAGAGAACUGCAGAUUUCAAAUUUAACGUACCUUUAUUAACAUAGUAUGUAUUUUGAAUAUUAUUGAUUAAUCAGUAUCUAUGUAUAUGCUGUAUACAUCGUAUAGCCCGCUAGUGCGGGCAGUCAACCUGACGAUAGAUCCGCGAAACGAUUCGAACCAGAAUCAAUAUACGAAGCUUCAAUCUAACUAUCGUUUUAUUUCUAACGCAUAUACGACAACUAUAGAAUUGCUUGCUUAUAUGAUAUUCAGCCAUUUAUUCGCCGUUCUUCAUCGUGUACUGGUUUCAUUUGGAAAAUAUUUUCAAAUUAUUACCGAUCACUGAUAUUUAUUGAACAAUUGACAUUAUACCUAUUUAUAUGUACACACACACAAUACACACAUCAUUAAAAAGUACCUUCCAUAGAGCAGUUCGAAGAUUUGCAAAAUUUCUCGAAUAAUCCGAUGAUAAUUAUCAGGCACGGUUUGAUUAUGCGAUUAACGUUGAUUCGUUUUCAGCUGCCAUUUUUUUUCCCCCCUUUUUUCACUAUUUUUAUAUCACACGGCAAUUUCUAUAGUAUUUUAACGAUUGCGAGUAAGUUUAGAUAAAAUUCAAGAGUUGAUUACAGGUAAAUUCGAUUUAUCAUGGCCACAAUCUUGAUUUCUGAUCCUAAAAUCAUUCGUGUCUCGGAAAAAAUGAUGUGUAUGUAUGUAUUUAUUCGUAAAUUUACGAACUGAGCGCUCUUUGUUGGUACCGCGUGUGACUCUGUGAUACCGUAAGCUAAGAUAGAAUUAUUUUGCAACGAUUUAAAAAAAUCCAAAAUUAUAAAAGCCAUUUCACAGGACACUGCAGUGUCCGAGCUCGAGAUAUGCUGAUACGAAUGGCUGGAGUGGCAAGAGUCCAAAGACACUCAAUCUUUAUUGAAUCGUGUUUGUGGGGAUUUCCAAAUUUUUCUACAAACUAAGCCAAGCAUGUUUCUGAAAAUUACCAAGUUCAAAAUUAUCCGCACUCGAACCGUUGAUUUUGUCUUUUUCGAAAUCGUUGCCAGAAUUUGGCGUAAGCAGUUAUAAUAAACCAGCUAUUCUGAUGUACCUAUAAUAAACAUAAAUCUCGCGGUAAAUUUCGAAGAAUUUUGAUACACGAAUCACCUGCACUUCGUUUUCAAACGAAGUGAAAAUUUCGUACGGUAUCAAACAAUCUUCAAUAGUUACCGCUUACCGUAAGACUGCUUAAAAAAUUACCGAUGGGGUGUUAUAUGACGUAUGGUGCUGGGCUAAGUUCGGUCAGCAAAUUUUGUUGAAACCGUUUUCUUACACGAAUACAUUUUCUCCCAAAAUUUGCUACGCAUUUCUUAGCCCAUUGAAUUGAACUGAUCAUGCGGUGUUACUAGAGUUAAGAAUUUGUCGAGAUAUGAUCUAUAUAUUUAUUCUUCAGAAACGAUUCUUUAUUUUCUGUUUUAUUUUAUGUUCAUUUUAAUUUCUAUACUAUAUAUCCUUACAAUGGGACAUUUUGAGCUGAUUCUGAACACACGGUUGUGGGGGAAAACGGUUUUCAAAGCAGCAGCUUUCAUUCAGAUCGUCUGUACGAUCUUUACCGAUCGAUUCGAGUCUUCUAUAAACCGACUUAAUUCAAAUACUAUCAAUUUUACUGAAUGUAGGAAAAAUUGAAUUUUCUUUUUUGUUUUUCUAAAUGUACCGCCAUCCCAUAUGUUCACAUUCACAGUAAUCUACAUGCGUUUUUUUCGCGUCGACUUGUUCCCAGCAGCAGGUAGACGACGUUUCCUCCUCGACCGUAACGGACUAUUAUCACUGCCGAAAUCCCACGAAACUGCGUCAAAGAUUUGAAAAAAAUGCUCUCCUAAAAGUGGGACUAAAAUUUUCAAAUUUUCAUGGCCUCUAAUUGAUAGGUAUUUAUUUUUUGACAUAGACUAUAACUUUAGUAAUUAAUUAGCUUGUGUACUUCUCACUUACGAUCGAUGCCCAUAUACCACAGCUCAACCUGAGUAAUAAAUCGUAGUGAUAGUAAAAAUGAAUUGAAUCGAAGUAAAAAAUUCUAAAACUUUCACGUAGAAAAUUUCAAUCUAGAUUCACGUGACACAGCUGGACCAAGGGCUGUCUAAACGUGGCUCGGGUAACGUGAGAUUGUACAAGCAUACAUUCCAGGCAUACUGUAUAGCUAUAUUGUAUACAUGUCGAUAUAAAAAUAACCCGUUAGCGUUUGAUAAGAAAUUCACAGAAAAAGUAGAGGUAUACAUUGAUAAAUGAAUGAUAAUAUAUAUAUAUAUAUAUCGAAAGUUUCGAAUGCUUACAAUAGACAUUGAUUUAUCAUAUAUAUUAUUAUGUAUUGCAAUUUUUAUGUCAUGUUCAAUAAAGAAAAUUUAAAUUAA